CCGGCGAGUUCACAACGUACAACGUACAAGGACAUUUACCGCUUGCGCUUCGUUCUUCCAUCAGGAAAUAGAACUAUAGAACUUUCAUUACGAUUCGAAGUCUCGUCGACGAUGUCUCGCGUUCACGCGGGUGCGUUAAUCUGCGCUCUCGCGCUUUACUUGGGGACGUACAGCGGUUGCACCGCGGCCGACAUAGACGGGGUCGUGGACCCGAACUUAACCAUCAGGAGCGUCGAACGGCACAUUGACUUGCAGUCGCAGUUAACCAAAAUCACCACUCGGGUAGUGAUGGAAAAUAAGCAAGGCAAGGAAGACCGCGUCCGAAAUUUCCUCUUCUGUCUGGACGACGCUCAGAGCAGAUUUAUCAGUUACGUAGCGGCGCGUGUGGAGCCCGAUAAGCUGGAGUUGAAGGUGAAAGAGACCAAGGUACCGCAGCAUCGCGAUCGAGUCUUCUACUCGGUUGAUCUUGGCAACCAUCUGACGGCUCGACGCUCUCUCACCAUUGAAUUAGAGACAGUAUUCACGCACGAGCUGGUACCACAUCCUAAGCAGAUCACUCAACAGGAAAAGCAGCUUGUCAGGUACACAGGCAAUGUGUACGCCUGCUUGCCUUAUUCUGUUACCAAGCAGACCACCUAUGUAGCACUGCCCACGCGCAAUCUCGAGAGCUACACCAAGAUCAAGCCUGUAUCCCAGACUGGCUCGAUGUUGGCUUAUGGUCCAUACGAGUCUCAGUCGCCGUUUUCUUAUGAGGAGAUGACGGUACACUUCGAGAACAACAAUAAGUUCCUUACAGUAACAAGGCUUGAGAGGAUCCUCGAGAUCUCUCACUGGGGUAACAUAGCUGUCGAGGAGCAUAUUGAUCUUUUACAUACUGGAGCAUUGCUGAAAGGUUCCUUCUCACGUUACGAGUAUGCCCGGGAGUCCAAAUCUGGACAGGCGAGCAUACAAAGUUUUGAUACUAUCCUACCGGCGGCUGCUUCCGACAUUUAUUACAGGGACGAGAUCGGUAACAUCUCCACGUCGCACACUCGUAUCAAGAAGGAUUCAGUGGAGCUGAAUCUACGGCCUAGAUUCCCAUUGUUUGGUGGCUGGAAGACUCGUUAUACAAUUGGCUACAAUGUACCCAGCUACGAAUACCUAUUCCACUCCGGAGACGAGUUUGCUCUAGAGAUGAGACUGUUGGAUCACAUCUUCGACGACAUGGUGGUAGACGAGAUGGUCCUAAAGAUCAUUCUGCCGGAAGGUGCACGGAACAUGAAGCUGGAGCUGCCAUAUCCCGUAACCCGUCUGCCGGAUUCUUUACACUAUACAUAUUUGGAUAUUGCUGGACGUCCGGUGAUAUCUGUGACUAAGAACAAUCUGGUGGAGAAUCAUAUUCAGAGUUUCAGACUCAAGUAUACUUUCCCGCGUCUGCUAAUGUUGCAGGAACCACUGAUGAUCGUGCUGGCGCUGUGGCUAAUGUUCUUGGCAGUCAUAGUAUACGUAAGAUGUGACUUCUCCAUCGACAAGGAUGAAGUGUCUGAGAGUAAGCUGAGAAUUGCUGGUCAUUGCGAGAAAGUACUCACUGUUCAGGACCGCAGGAUUGCGACCUACAAUACUCUAGAGGAGCAGCUGUCACUCCUGAAGGUGUCUAAGGACACCAACAGUUUCCAGUCUGCGAUAAAGGGUAUCAAUCAGGAAUACAAGUCGGCGACCAACGCACUCAAUGAGAUUGCGCAGAAGAUAAAGGGAGAGUCUACCGAUGUGUUCGAUCGCAUCCAGGAAUUACAAAAGUGCGAUCGUAACCUGAAGGAGAUCUACGGCCAACUGCAGGCAUUGUACUUGGAGAAGCUGAUCCCUGGCAAGAUCAGUCGGCAGCAAUUCAUUGACAUGGAGACAACAAUCUCCAGGAAAAAGGAGGAUUGCAUUGAGAAGAUUAACACGAUCAUCAAAUUGCUCCGGUAAUCGUGUUUCGCGAACGAACUCUAGGAUUUCGAGAGCAACGAUGGUGCAUUUGCAAUACAGUAACGCCUUGCAUCUGUUAAUAUUCCAUUCGCGAGUAUGAUGAGGAAGAAUUCCAUACAUUCA